AUGGCGGGGCACAAAAUCAAAACCCUGGCCCUUGUGAGCUCCUUCGGCCUAAGUUCCUUCCUUGCUGGUAGUUAUUACGAGCGAAAAAUUGCCCAAGACCCACCUAACCUUAAAAAAUUCCCGGGACUUCCGAUUUUCGGGACUGUCUCAGCCGCAACCCCCGUCUCACCCGUCCCGUCCCAAACCAAUGUUAGUCGAAUUUCGCAAAUCAUGAAAUACGGGUUUCCGGGUCUUGACAAUAUCCGUUCCUUCGAUAAUUACGUUUUAAGUUAUGAUAAACGAAACAGGGUGGCUCACUGGGUUUUCGAGCACAUUACGGCCGAAAGUAUCAAGCCAAACGAAGGCGUGGACCGGUCUUUGUGCCAAUUUAUGCCGGACGAAAGCAUACAUCCGUAUUUCAGGUCGCUCAAUUCGGAUUACUUGAAGUCGGGGUACGACCGGGGGCACCUGGCGGCGGCCGGGAACCACAAAUGCAGCCAAAAACUGGUCGAGCAGACUUUUUAUUUGUCGAAUAUGGCCCCACAAGUGGGGGUCGGGUUUAAUCGAGACGCGUGGAAUAAAUUGGAGAGAUAUGUGAGGAAGCUGACGAAGACUUACACUAAUGUGUACUGCUGCACUGGACCUUUAUACUUGCCCAGGCGGGAACCAGACGGGAAAAAUUACGUCAAGUAUGAAGUGAUUGGAGCAAAUCAUGUUGCAGUCCCGACGCAUUUUUUCAAAGUCGUGGUUUGUGAAACUAGUGACGGAAAAUUUGAAAUGGAGUCUUAUGUGAUGCCCAAUCAGGCUAUCAGUGAUGAGACCCCGUUGACGAGUUUUAGGGUGCCCCCUGAAAGCAUUGAAAAGGCGGCUGGACUUUUAUUUUUCGACAACAUAUCAAGGAGCAAGAUUAGUAAAAUUAAUGGUAAAAAAAAUUAAUUAGUGCUUGACUAGGUUUUAAUGUGUUUUUCUCGUGUUAUAUUUAUUUUUUGUUGAAUGAUGUGUUCCAAUACAGUAUUUUAUAAUAGA